GAAUACCUCGCCAUUCAAAUGAAGAGUGUUGGGAAAUGAUUUCCUGCCGUACCCGCUGAGAGAUGCCAGCGUUUCACAGAAACACGGCUGUCGCGAUAGUCGCAGUGCUAUCACUGCAUUCUGACGGGGCUAACUCAGCUCUGCCACACUGACCAGGGUGAAACUUCAUGGACAUGGCUUUGCAUACCUGAAAAAUUUUUCCCCUUUGGAAAAUCUGGGCAAAGAUAACUAGAGCUGAAGUCUGUUGUGAAUGGUAAAGAUCCACUGGUCGAUUGAGUGCUCAAGAUGUGGACAGAAUGGCUGGGAAAAGAGAGAAAUUUAGCUGUUUGUCAUGGCAGAAUGUGGGAAACAUGACAGCAAAAACAUUGUUUUCGUGUAACAUCGUAACAGCGUUUUUGUCUUUACUUAUUGCAAAGAAAUGUGAAGCCUAUGAUGUGAUGUUGAAGCAAAGUCUUGUGCCUGAUGGGCAGCCUCUUGCUAUUAAAUGUUCACUGGAAAAGAGUUUGAAAAGUGGAGACUACAACUUAACAUGGUAUAAAGUUGGUAACCAGAAAGCUGUGCCUAGAGACAAACUGUCUAGAGUUCAUCAGCAGAAGGAUUUAAUUUGGUUUCUUCCUGCAAUGUUAGAAGAUUCUGGAGAUUAUGAAUGUGUCAUAAGGAAUUUGACAAGCUGCAAGAAAAUGUGUACAAAAGUAACAGUUUUUGAGAGGAUUGAUGGUUUAUGCUUAAAUGAAAAAUUUGCUGUAGAGGAGGUGAUAUUCACCUCAUCUUCUGCAAAGGUUGUGUGUCCCCACUUGGACUUUUUCAGGAAAGAGAAGAAUAUUCACCCUGUUCGUUGGUAUAAGGACUGCCAGCUGCUGGAAGGAAAAAGGUUUGUCCUUUCAAACAGUGACCUUAUAAUUUUCAAUGUGACUGUACAUGAUCGAGGAAACUAUACAUGUGAAACAACAUACACCUACAAUGGAAAGCAAUACAACAUUUCACGAGACAUCAGUCUGAUUGUAGAAUUGACCCCACCAAAAAAGCCUCCAGAAAUAACUUACCCAAGAAACAACUCCAUUGAAGUGGAACUUGGCUCACAGGUUACUGUGGAUUGCAAUACAACAGGUGCUGAUGGGUAUGACGUGUAUUGGACAGGGAAUGGUGUGUAUAUUGAUGUAUUUUAUAUGAGCAGAAUCUUUGCAAGUUCCUAUGAGGGAGAAACUGCUUACGAUGGGCGCCCUAUGCAUUCUGUGAAGCUAAUAAUUUCAGAAGUGAGCAGUGAAGAUUAUGAACAGCCUUUUGUAUGUCAAGCUUCAAAUGCCUUUGGGCAGGUUGCAUCCUAUAUUAUAUUAAAACCCAGAGUUCCUGACAUACGAAGAUGGCUGACUGGAGGGCUUGUCUCUUUGUUAAUUUUAACAUUUUUUACUUUAAUAAUCUACAAGAUAUUCAAGAUUGAUUUCGUGCUUUGGUACCGUAAUUCUGUCUGUGCCCUUACAAGUAAGGAAGAUGGGAAAAUCUAUGAUGCGUAUGUCCUGUACACAAAAAGCAGUGAAAGCAGAAGUAUCUGUUGUCUGGAAACCUUUGUUCGUAGCAUACUCCCAGAUGUUUUAGAAAAGCAAUGUGGAUAUAACCUUUUCAUAUUAGGAAGAGAUGAUUUGCCAGGAGAAGCUGUGGUCAGUGUUGCUGAUGAAACCCUUAAGCAAAGCAGAAGACUGAUGAUUAUUUUGGGAUCAGAAACAUCUAGGUGCUGCCUGUUAGAAGACACCUCUGAGCAACAGCUAGCUAUGUAUAAUGCUCUCAUCCGUGAUGGGAUUCAAGUGAUUCUUAUAGAAAUGGGUGAAAUACAGGACUACACAAGCAUGCCAGAAUCAAUCAGAUACAUUAAGCAAAAGCAUGGAGCUAUUAAAUGGAAAGGAGACUUCUCGGAGAAAUCUUGUUCAGCAAACACAAGAUUCUGGAAAAAUGUGCGCUAUCGGAUGCCAUCCAGGAAAAUGGUAUCUUAUUCUGAAGUGCAUUUGUUGCACCUAACUUCGAACAGUUCUGCAGCAAAGGGAAGUUAAGAAACUCUUAUUUAAAUAAUACUAAGCAGGUAAUUCUGAAUAGGGAUGUUUCUUGCACAAUCUUUGUAUUACAAAGAUGUUUUUUUGAGAAGUAGAAACUGCUUAUCCCAUCCAUAAAUUACACCCUAAAAGAAAAACCUCUGUGCGACUUCAUUUCUGUUGCAGGUUUUGGGUAGUGACACAAUUUGUUGUGUUAGUCUCCAUCAAAUAUUAUAGGUAAACGUGGUGAUGGUGAUAGGCUGUUAUGUAGCUGUGGUCCACAUAAAUGUUGUAUGAAGAAACAGCUGUGAAGUCCAUUUUUAAAAGAUGAAAACUGCAGUUGAUUUAUUAAAAGUCUGUUUCUGU